AUGGCGCUGGACGCGGGCGGGAGGUUGGUGUUUGUUUGUUGUUGGGCGAUGAAGGCGGGACGGACGACGCAUUGGCAACACAUGCGUGUGUUUGGGGGUAUUGGAUAUCGCUUCCACUUCUACGAAGUGCGACGCACUGUACAGUACAUUUGGCUGUUACAGCAUGUCGAGGGCCAGCGGCUGCCAGUACCGUUUACCAAGUACGGAGUACGUACCGUGCCUUUUCGUACGUUCGCGAGGCAAGUACUUGGCCGGUGA